AUGCCUUGCGACGAAAUGCUUGCCCCUGGUCCGCGCAACAGCUUCUUUAAGUUGAGGCCAAUGCAGCGCGCUCACUCCCAGAAUGUAAUGCGUCCACCUCUCUUUCUUCUUACGUUGAUUGCCAUGGUGAGGCUUCAGUCCCCGUGCAUUCCUUUGCUGAAAUCGAGUGCCUGUGGAAAGAUGCACGAAGUGCUUUGGGCCAGCGGAAUGCUACGUGAGGUUCUUCUCAACUUCGCGUCCGUGUACACAGUUUGUGUAUGCGGGUGA